UGAGGCAGAAGGGAAAGGGAUGCUUUCCUUGGAAACACACAAGAGAACCCGUUCCUUCCUCUGCUCCUUCGCUUUGCCUCCAUGCCUUCCUUCUUGCUGCCUCAACAGAUCUCUGCAGGCCCCCAACUGCCCAGGAGGAAAACGGAUGGACUUCCCUCCCUCCACCAGAAGUCUGCGCUCCGAGAAAGUCAUUCCCAUCUCUUGCCUCAAGAGAAGAUUUCGCUUUACAAAUACUACGGGGUGAAACUACGCAACUCGAGACAGAAAGACCUGGUCAAGGAACAACUGAAAAGUCUUCUGGGUUUUUCAUUUCAAGAAGAAACAGACAGAGAAGGAAUCUCUGAAGCCAUCGGAGUGGUUGCCUUUUGCCAUCUUCCUGAGAUCCUGGUGGCCCUGAGGCAGGUUGGCCACUUUGUGCGUGCAAAGAAACCUGCUCUGCAAGAAGCCCCCUUUCAGGACCCACACUCUUGUUUUGAGAGACAAAUUCGCACAGCCGUGAUCCUGUGCUAUGGCCACGCAGCCCUGGGAGCCCAGCCAGAGGACCUGAUGCCUUUAGCGGAACACAUUGUCUCUGAGAUUCUCUUCCAGUAUUGGACCAGGAACAAGGAUGAAGCCUUGACGAAAGCGUUCCUGACGUCCGUGAUCAGGAUCACCAAGGCUCUUGUCCAGACCAAGAGUCAGGAUGUCCAUUUACCCCACAAAUCUGAACUGGCCCUCAAUAUAAAUGUAAGUGGGGGGACAGGUGAUCCCGGGACAAUUUAUUUCGGAAA